AUGGCUUUUGUUUGGGUACAGCAGUGGAUCGCAUUACCGGUCAUCGCCGAAGAACUCAUGGGUGAUGCGCCAGCAGAGAACAGCCUCUUGGGUUUUGGAAGAACAGACAUGAACCAAGACGAAAGUGGUGCUGCUGGGAAGCCAGCCAUCGGCGCCGGCAACAUUCCUACGAUGGCUGACUUGCGGUCCCCCGGAAUCAAUGCGCCGUUCCAUUCGCAGUACAGCUCGAUUCCGUAUGCUCAGCAGAGACCUGAUCAAUCACGCCUACCUUACCAGCAGAGCCAGGACCAAGGCGCAUCUUCGUUCAACAUGGGCGCAUUAGGUGGAGCAUUGCCGGAUUACUCUUCAAUGACCUCUCAGCAGCAUCAGUCGCAACGACCGCUAUCCGGCGCAUCGACCUCAGCACUUGUAUACCAACUGCAACAGAACCUCCAGUACCCGACUCACCCAGCUCCCAACUACUCACAGCAGCCUUCUUUCAAUACGAGCCUAGCGCACCAGAGUUAUUCGUCCGCUUAUCAGUCAGGUCAAGGCGUGCAGACAGGCGCCUAUGGUGUAUAUCCAUCCCAGCAUCAGAGAUCGGCCGGCCCGAGCCCACAACAGCACUCGUUCCCCACUUUCCAACAACAAACACCACAGUACCUCUAUUACACUCCGACCUAUGCUCCACAAGGACCGCCUCAAGGGCAUCAAGCUCAGUUCGCGCAGCAAUCGGGAGGCUAUGGGAGACGAUCAAGCCUGCCUGGCCAGAAUUACGUGACAGGUCCCGAAAGCGGCAUACUGGGUGGUAACCCCGGUCUCAAUCGACAGGCAUCAGACUCAAAUCUGAGCUCUGUUCCUCGAGGGCCCCCACGCAAGCCGAAGCAGUCAGGACACGCACUAUGGGUCGGCAACCUCCCUCCAGGAACCACUGUCGUCGACUUGAAGGACCAUUUCUCUAAAGAUGCGACGAGAGACAUCGAAAGCCUGUUCCUGAUCUCUAAAAGCAACUGCGCGUUUGUCAAUUAUCGCACUGAAGCCUCUUGCGUAGCGGCGAUGCAUCGCUUUCACGACUCACGCUUCCAUGGCGUUCGACUUGUGUGCCGCUUGCGAAGGAGUUCAACAGCUGCUUCUGGCGUCCCUACUGGACCAUCUGCUAUGAGUGGUCCGCGCGCGCCUAGCAUAUCUCCACGGCGUUCGCCUGAUCGGCAAGAAGAGGAGGAAGUUACUGAGGUAGCUGAGAAGCCAACCAGACAGCUUGUGGACGGUGAGGCUACAGCACCUCCGAAAGUUGCUGAGAAAUUUUUUAUCGUGAAGAGUCUCACUCUUCAGGACCUCGAACUGAGUGUGAGAAAUGGCAUCUGGGCCACUCAGGCCCACAACGAAGAGGUACUCAAUCAGGCUUACGAGACAGCGGAAAAUGUCUAUCUCAUCUUUUCGGCCAAUAAGUCAGGCGAAUACUUCGGCUAUGCACGUAUGGCCUCACCGAUUGGCAAGACCUCUCCCGAAACGGUGCCUACAGUCUCGAGAACAGAAGUCAUAGAAGCUCUGGAUGGUCCUAAGUCCAUACCGACACCAGCGACUGAAUUCGCACCUAGGGGUCGAAUCAUCGACGAUUCAGCACGCGGCACGAUAUUCUGGGAAGCUGACCUCUCCGACCAAGAAGAUGAUGCCCCUAAGGCUGGCGACAACUCUGCCGACGUAGAAGAGUCGGUGAGCGCUCAGACUUGGGGCAAGUCCUUCAAGAUCGAAUGGCAGUCUACCAAUAGACUCCCCUUCUACCGCACUCGAGGGCUUCGCAACCCCUGGAACGCGAAUAGGGAGGUUAAGAUCGCUCGGGACGGCACUGAGCUGGAGACAAGCGUUGGCAAACGGCUGGUCCAGAUGUUUCACCGUCUGGGACCGUCGAGUGCUGGACCAGCUAGUCUGCCUGCAAUGCCGUUACCUCCCAUGGGCGGUCCACAGAUGCGACCGUUUUAG